AUGCGACAGAUGAAGAUGAAAAUGAAGUACUCAGAAAAAAUGAUGUAUUACUGCUUUCUGUGUCAAAACUCUUUCGUCGAACCAGUGCACACGCAUUUCAGCUGUUCCCAUGGUAUGCACAAUCCAGCGGACAACCUGAAGUUCGUGCAGGUGAUCAUGAUGGACGGUGGCGGCGGCGGAGGCGGAGGCGGCGGCGGCGGUGGUGGCAGUCACAAGCCUAGAAAGCGUUCCGCUGACUCAUCCAGUGUUCCCCUGAGCUGCAAGAGCGACUGCAGCGUUUCUCCUGUUGACUCGCCCCGAUCUCAGUCGUUCAGUUCGACCGCCGACGAAGUCACUCAUUCGGUGCCCUCAGAAACGCAUUCCCUGCCCGACGACGUGACGUCGUCUGACAACGAGAGUGCGAUGUUUCGAAUCGAGGAGUUCGUCAAGAACUCUGUCAGCGACAUGUCGUCUAGCUGA